UUAUGAUGUAUUAUGUAGAUGUUCCAUCCAAUGAUCACAGAAUUCACAAUUAAUUGGGAAUCUUUUUUUUUCUUUCUAUUAAUUUUACAUAAAUGAAUGAAGUAAAUCCAGAUCAAAUCGAUCGAGGUUCAUUACACAAUCCUUUACGAACGAUCCUGUCUCAUUUAUUUUAUAUGAAUCGACUUCCUGCUGCAUAACUCGAUCUAAAUAUCUGUGUAAUACGGAUCAGGAAUUUCAUUUUUCAUUCAUAUUUAAGUGUCAAGUGUAAACUGUUGAUAAAGUUUUCCUGAAAGUUUUAUCAGCUGGAUGGUUUGUGGGCGUGUUUGAGAAACGUCCCUCUUAAUGUCUCUUUCUCUAUUUUUCUCCCUCUUCCUUAUGGAUGUCUUGUUUGUUGGCAAUAAACAGAAAGAAAAUGUUCCUAUUGCUUAAUUGAAUUAGAGCAAGGCAGGCUGGUGUGUGUGUGUGUGUGUGUGUGUGUGUGUGUGUGUGUUUAGUGCAGGGGGAGGGGGUGGGGUGUUCGGUCCCUUUGUGUGUGUCCGUCCUGUGCUGUCACACACUUUAAUGCGAGCCUCUUUUCUCUGGCAUUCACAACUCCCUACAAUGACAUUCAAUUCAAUCCGGAGGCAGUGAAAACCUGGUUAUUUUUAUAUAUUCUUUCCUGGGGCCGGUGGGGGCCCGCACACACGAAUUAAACACCACGGUUUAACCGCACGGCCUCACACAUCCAUGCGGUGUUGAGAAGAAACGACACCACACUCGUCCGGUUCUCAUCAAUUUAUAUUCAGACACAUGAGGAAGAACCGCAGUGUUCUCUGGGUCACAACUUUUUAUACAAUUUGCUUAAAUCGAAAUUUCAUUUAGUGUUUAUAAACAAAGUUCUUACAGUAUAUUAGGACCUAACUAAUUAAUCACAGAAUAAAAUCCACAGUGUCAUAUUAACACAAGUUAAUCUUGUUAAGAUUUUAUAGAGUUAUUAGCUCUCAUUAUAUUAUAAAAACCUCUACACACAGGAUGGAGUUCAACUUUGAGACCUAGAGCUUUAUUGUGUUUGUUCUCCUGGAAGAACCCUGGGGUUCUAUAUAGAAACCCUGAGAACUGAAGGUUUCAUUUAACUGAGACCACGUAGAAGCCUUUAACCAGACAGAACCGACUUUAUCUUACGGUGUAUUUGAUUGGAUAAUUCAGCUAAAUGUUAAUUCAGUUUAGACAAUAAUCUGACAAGAGUGUGUGUUCUACACAGUGUUAAUUUUGUAGACUCUACAACUAGUGUGAACAGUGUGUUAAUUUAGCUCUAUAACAUUUUAACACGACAGGUGUUAAUUCAAGUAUUGAUGUUUUAGAUGAGCAUGAUGAUGUUUUGGUUUUAUUUAAUAAAACCUGUUGAGUAUGGACAUUAUUCUAGACUCAAAAACAAGUUGUAUUAAUAACAAAUAUUGGAUCUUUGUCCGAGCCCCAAUACCGUUGUACAAAUUUCUAUAAGUCGUCUGAUAUUUGAAUAUUUUUGAUUGCUUUCAUUAAAUCUAUUUUAAGAGUCAGUGCUGGUUGUUAAAGUGAUGUUUAUUUGAAACGGGACAUUGUGAGUGAUCUGAGUAAGUCUUUGUGUUUGUAUUGCUGCAGGUGCAUCUGGGUGAGAACCUCCACUGCGUCUCCCUUUAGACUUCCCACAAAUAAGCUCAUGGCCAGGUGAAUGCAUCUGAAAUUAAAAGAGCAAUAGUAUCCAUGCGAUCAAUGGGUGGGGUGAAAAUAAUAAAGUUUAAAAUGACACUAAAAGAGUAAUAGUAGGCUGUAAAAAAAAGAGGCGGACUUUAAAAAAAAAACAAAAAACAAAAACAAAACAAAAAAAGGGGCGGUGCCGCGUCUCGCGGUGUGGGUGGGGCUGACAAGAAUGGACUACAUUAUGCAGUUCAUUUAGUUAACAAGUGAAAUAAUAGGGAAGCGUGCAGUGUGAAUGCUCAGAGAAAAGGCACAAAACCCUAUUGAGAGAGAGAGAGAGAGAGAGAGAGAGAGAGAGAGAGAGAGAGAGAGAGAGAGAGAGAUAUGCGUGGUCUGGAACUUAUUUAAGAACCUCAGUGUUUCUCUGCUGCAUCACUCUGCUGUCCAUCACCGGAGAGACUGGGGACCUUUUUUUUUGGAAACUUUCUGCAUUCAUCCGCGUGCAGAAUCAAACUUUUUUGGAGAUCUUUUUUUUUAUUCUAAAGAAGUUUUAGAAGAUAAUAAAAAGAAGAUGCCUCGAUCGUUUCUUGUGGACUCGUUGAUAUUGCGUGAGGCCAACGAUAAAGGCAACGAGAACAAUCCGCCGCCGCCGUUACUGCCGUACACGGUGCACCCGUCACACGCGCUCCACGGGCUGACGGCGGCGGCAGCUGCAUCGUGCCACGCGCGCAAAGCCGGACUGCUGUGCUUCUGUCCGUUGUGCAUGGCGGCCGCGGCGUCGCAGCAGCUUCACCCUGCUCCCCCGGCGCUCCCACUGCUUAAGGCGGCGGCCGCGGCAGCCUCGUUCCCGGCGGCUUUCGGCUCUCAGUGCUGCCCAUCCGCGCUCUCGCGGCAGCACUCGCCCUCCAGCGGCGUGCACGUGAACCACGGCGCUGGACUUUACCAGAGCGCGUACCAGGUCGCGGACCCGCGGCAGUUCCACUGCAUGUCGCUCGAAAGCAGCAACAGCCAACUCCAAAGCAGCAAGCGCAUGCGCACAGCAUUCACCAGCACGCAGCUUCUGGAGCUUGAACGUGAGUUCACUUCAAACAUGUACCUGUCCAGACUGCGGCGCAUCGAGAUUGCCACCUACCUGAACUUGUCAGAGAAACAGGUGAAGAUCUGGUUCCAAAACCGACGUGUCAAGCAUAAGAAAGAAGGCAAGGGAGGUUCCCACAGAACGGGUUCUCUGCACUGCAAGUGUUCAUCUGCGAGGUGCUCUGAGGAGGAAGAUGACACCCCAAUGUCACCUUCAUCAUCAGGAAAGGAGGACGCUGAUCUCUCUGUUAGCCCAUGAACUCUCAGUAAACAUUCAUACAGGGCUUGCUCCAUAGCAUACCACCUGCAGAGUUACUAAUUAGCUCUUUGAUUAGCCAAAUCAGGUGCUUUGGGGUUUGGAGCUCAACUUGGAGCUGGCGUGUGCCAGGGUAGUGCUCCAAAAACAAGAAUCCUUAGCAUGUCUGAAAAUAUAGUCAGAUAGUGUAGCCUUGUCUGGAUGAACUUAGCUUUCAGAAAUAAAAAGAAUUCCCUUAAUAUGGUGUGGUACAAAUGACACCUGUACCUGUACCUUAUCUUGUCACUGGUGUAGUACCAUCACAGGUAUAUCCUUUGUAUCUUUCACCUGCCACUGUGCAUAUGGUGUACCGUAUAGAGUAAAACGAUGAACGUACAUCAGUGGUCCUUAAGGAUCAUUUUCACACCUUGAAAUGAUUGAUGGCACCAUGACAGUGACAAGGAAAAGUACACUCUGGUUCCUUUAGGCUAUUUCUGAGUGUAGCUGAUAGUGGGCUUCUCUUCGCUUCUAUACGACAUUAUUUUGAUCAAAUUGUGGACGAUUUAUUUGGAAGAUCAUGUACAACAUUUUAACAUUCUCCUUAGGUUCGUAACGAUGUUUCUGAUGCACUGAGGCACAUUUUGCUUGCUAGCUAUUGUAUGGCAUCAGAUAUAAAUAGUUUAGUUGUGACUAGCUGAGGAAAAAAGUUCAAAUCAUCACAUUUGAGUGAUUGACAUUCAUCCAGAAAGAGAUAAAAGCCCACUAUAUCACUUCACUGACUCAGACUUCUUGUAAAUUUCCUGUACUGACUGACUCAAAGUAAUCUGACUCAAAUUGACACUAUUUUUUUGUUCAACUUUAUUGUUUUAAAUUCCUAAGUGCCAAAAGAUUCUUAAAACUUUCUGAAUUAAGUGAGAAGCUACGUAUGGGUUUUACCUCACAGAUGUUGUGGCUAAAAUGACCAAAACCCUCCCAAACUUAGCAAAAGCUGGCUAGUAGUUUUUAUAGCCAUUAUGCUAAUUUUCUCUUUGCCUUCGGGAAGAGAAGUAGUUAAAUAUCAUAUUUCCCUGAAUAUAAAUAGAAAAGUGACUGUAUGUGUGUAGUAAACAAAAUCUGUACAUAAGAGGAAAAAAGAGGUUUAUAUAAAUUAGGGGAUCGCUCGAGUGAUUCCAUUAAAAUGCUGUAUAUAACUGUAUACAUGUUGUAUGAUGUUGUAUGAUUGUAGUUCAUUUUUUACUUUAAAAAACACUGUUCAUUCUUAUGUAUGUCCAGAAAGUUUGGAUUUCUGUAUAUACUCCAAAAUAGAAGUUAGUCUGUCAUUAUUCCUUUCUUUUAUCUUUUUAUUUUGUAAAUUCAUAUCAGUGGAGAUGUUUGAGUGAAGGCUGAACGUUUCUCCAUCUUCCUCUCAGCAUCUCACCAGCUCUAAUUGUAUGUUUGGUGUCAUGAGAAUAUUUAUUUAUUUAAAAUGAUAUCGCUGAAAAUAAAGAAUAUUUCUUUCUAGUGAUAUAUUGUGUGUGUCAGUUAAAAAAAAAAACAUUCUC